GUAUUGCCUUUGGCAUCCUAUUUGUGCUAUUUGUCAAUUUUCUAUAUUGGGGAAUUAAGAAUAGAAAGCAAAACAUACGUAGAGAAAAAUUCUUUCAACAAAAUGGAGGGCUUCUACUAAGGCAACAACUUUCUUCAUAUGAUGCAAGUGUGGAAGUUGCAAAGAUAUUUGCAGAAGAGCUCAAAAGGGCAACUAACAAUUAUGAUGAGAGUCGAAUCCUAGGUUGUGGUGGCUAUGGUACAGUAUAUAAAGGAAUUUUACCUAAUAAUAAGAUAGUUGCCAUUAAGAAGUCCAAAAUAGUUGAUGAAAGUCAAGUUGAACAAUUCAUCAAUGAGGUGGUUAUUUUAUCUCAAAUUAACCAUAAAAAUGUGGUGAAACUUUUAGGUUGUUGCUUAGAAUCUGAAGUUCCAUUAUUAGUUUAUGAAUUCAUUACUAAUGGGACAUUGUCCCACCAUAUUCAUGAUGAGGGACACCAAUCUUCAAUUUCAUGGGACAACCGUCUAAGGAUAGCCACAGAAACUGCAUCUGCGCUUGCAUAUAUGCAUUCUACAGCCUCUCCUCCAAUCUUUCAUAGAGAUGUUAAACCUUCCAAUAUUCUUUUGGAUGAUAAUUAUAUAGCAAAGGUAUCGGACUUUGGUGCUUCAAGAUUAGUUCCAUUAGACCAAACUCAACUUACAACAUUAGUACAGGGCACAAUGGGGUACUUAGACCCAGAGUAUUUUCAAACAAGUCGAUUGACAGAAAAGAGUGAUGUUUAUAGUUUUGGCAUUGUUCUUGCAGAACUAUUAACUGGUAGAAAAGCACUUGAAUUCAAUAGACCUGAGAAAGAAAAAAAUUUGGCUCUUUAUUUCAUUACUUCAAUGGCAGAAGACAAUGUUUUGGAUAUUUUGGAGGAAAGAGUAGUUUAUGAAGCCACCAUGGAUCAACUCCGUGAAAUCACUAAACUUGCAAAGAGAUGUCUUAAUAUGACGGGAGAAGAAAGGCCCCCAAUGAAAGAAGUAGCGACAGAGCUGGAUGGAUUGCACAGGUCCAACAAGCAUCCAUGGGAUGAACCUCAUGAAGAAGUAGAAUGCUUGCUUGUUGAUCCAUCAAAUUAAUGAAACUGCAAUAGUACUACUGAUUAUGAUAACUUGGGAGAUCAAGUUGUAAUAUCAUUAAAUAGAAAU